UCCACAAGUUUGUAGUGUACUGUGGUAGUAACGUAGUGCAUCUCCAUUUUAUAGUCCUGCAAGUAGUUCAUGAAAACUGAGAAUCAAUUUGACUAAUCUAUAUAAACAUAUGGUGUUCACCUUUCUAAUCGUCCUAGUUUGAAUUCUGCAUAUUUCUAAGGAAAGAAUGGGUGCAGACAUCUGGACCAUUUUCUGUGGGGAUUCUGAGUUUUCAUAUGAAGGACAGAAUUGCAGUUCUGGUUUACGGACCGUUAUUGAUCCAUAUUCAUGUAUCAACCAUGUUUUGAACAUUUCUUUCGAUAUCAUUCUCUUUUUCAUCGUAUUAUUUAUGUUCAUUCAUAAAUCAUCCUCGAGCAAGAUGGUAGCCUUGCCACAGUCUCAACACUACUGGCUAGUAUCAAUUUCUUCGGUCAUUUUCAAUAGUGGGUUGAGCUUGGCUUAUCUUGGACUUGGGAUAUGGAUAAUACAAGAGAAAUUGAGAUCAGAACAGAGUGUACUACCUCUGCAUGGGUGGCUAGUGGUUUUGUUCCAAGGAUUCACAUGGUUGUUACUGGCUUUAACCAUGAGUCUCAAGAGGCAAUAUCAUACAAGAACAGUUAAAAUUUGUUCAAUUAUAGCUUUCUUGGUUGCAGGAUUCCUCUGCAUUUCAUCUCUGCAUAAAGCUAUCACAGACAAAGUAAUAUCAGUUAAAAUUGUGUUGGAUAUUUUAUGUUUUCCUGGAGCAAUUCUACUUCUCUUCUGUGUUUUUCAGAGAAAAGAAUGCGUAGGUACUGAACCUGGCACCAAUAUUGAUGCACUCUAUGCACCUUUACAAAGUGAAGAUGCAGAGGCCAGUCGUGAGAUCCAUGUGGAUGACAAUACCACUCCUUUUGCCAAAGCAGGAUUUCUUAGUAGGAUGUCGUUUUGGUGGUUGAAUCCAUUACUGAAGACAGGUAAAGAGAAAAUUCUUGAGGACAAAGAUAUUCCAAAGUUACGCCAGGAAGAACGAGCAGAGACAUGUUACUUCUUGUUCAAGGAGCAACUGAGCAAACAGAAACAAAGAGACUCAUCGAAUACCCCAUCCGUUUUCUCGACAAUAUUUUUCUGCCAAUGGAAAGCUAUUCUAGUGUCAGGGUUCUUUGCAUUGUUGAAGGUAGUCACAGUGUCUACUGGUCCUCUGUUUCUCAAAGCUUUCAUCCUGGUGGCUGAAGGCGAAGUGUCUUUUAAAUAUGAGGGUUAUGCACUGACUGGAGGGCUCUUCUUUGCAAAAUGCUUAGAAUCACUAUCGGACAGGCAGUGGAACUUCCGGACAAGACUAAUUGGGCUUCAACUACGGUCUUUGCUCUCUGCAGCUAUUUAUCAGAAGCAACUACGACUCUCAAAUGCUGCAAGGGAAAAUCAUUCUCCUGGCCAGAUUAUGAACUACGUCACACUGGAUGCUUACAAAAUAGGCGAAUUUCCAUACUGGUUUCAUCAGAUAUGGGCAACAAGCCUUCAGAUUUGUCUUGCAUUACUUAUUAUUUACAAUGCUGUGGGGCUAGCAACUGUUGCAGCCUUAACGGUAAUAAUACUAACAGUGCUAGGAAAUUCUCCAGUGGCAAAAAUACAGCACAAGUACAUGACAAAGCUAAUGGUGGCACAAGAUAAGAGACUGAAAUCUAUUUCUGAGGCACUUGCAAACAUGAAAGUUUUGAAGUUGUAUGCUUGGGAGACACAUUUUAAGAAUGUUACAGAAAGCCUAAGGAAAGAAGAAUCGAAGUGGUUAUCAGCAGCUCUGACACAAAAAGGCUACAAUCUGGUUUUAUUUUGGUCAUCUAAUAUCAUAGUUUCAGCUGUUACUUUUUGGGCGUGCUACUUCCUCAGUAUUCCUCUCAAUGCUAGUAACGUUUUCACAUUUCUAGCAACAUUACGCCUUGUUCAGGAGCCUAUUAGGUUGAUCCCUGACGUCGGUGGUGUGUUCAUUGAAGCAAAAGUUUCAUUUACUCGGAUUGUGAAGUUCCUCGAGGAACCUGAAUUGCAGAACAGACAUUUUAAGCAAAAUUUUUCUAGGAAGGAACUUGAGCAGUCUAUACUCAUCAAUUCGACAAGAAUUUCAUGGGAUGCUACAUCUUCAAAGCCCACCCUAACUGACAUAAAUUUUGUGGUUAAACCUGGAGAGAAGGUUGCUAUAUGUGGGGUAGUUGGCUCAGGUAAAUCAACCCUUCUAGCCACAAUUCUUGGAGAAGUUCCAAACAUCAAUGGCAUAGUUCAAGUUAAUGGAGAGAUUGCAUAUGUUUCUCAGACAGCAUGGAUCCAGACAGGGACUGUACAGGAAAAUAUUCUCUUUGGAUCUGCCAUGGACCGACAUAGAUACCAAGAAGUACUUGAAAAGUGUUCCCUAGUAAAGGACUUGGAUAUGUUUCCAUUUGGUGAUUGCACUGUAAUAGGAGAACGAGGUGCUAAUCUCAGUGGUGGGCAGAAGCAGCGGGUUCAACUUGCACGCGCACUGUAUCAAGAUGCAGAUAUAUAUCUCUUGGAUGAUCCAUUCAGCGCUGUUGAUGCGCAUACAGCAACCAGUUUAUUUAACGAAUAUGUCAUGGGAGCUCUGGCAGGGAAGACAGUAUUACUUGUGACUAACCAAGUUGACUUCCUUCCUGCAUUUGAUUCAAUUUUGUUGAUAUCUGAAGGGAAAAUCCAGGAAGCGGCUACCUAUUAUCAGUUGUUGGCUGCUAGUCAAGAAUUUCAGAACCUUGUCAAUGCUCACAUUGACACUGCAGGUUCCAAGAGAAACACUGAAUGCAGUUCUUCUCAAAGGCCUAAAACUCCCAAAGAAGAGAUCCAGAAAGUUAACACUGAGGAACACUUAGACGCAACAAAAGGAGAUCAGUUGAUUAAGCAAGAAGAAAGAGAAAAAGGAGAUACCGGUCUUAAGCCUUACAUACAGUAUUUGAGACAAGACAAGGGAUUCUUGUACCUCUCCCUGUCAGUUAUAGCCCACAUUAUAUAUAUUGUUGGGCAGUUUGCUCAAAAUAUUUAUUUGGCUGCUGAGGUACAGGAUCUUAGUACAAGCAGAUUGACUAUGGUCUUGAUAUACUCAGUUAUUGGGUGCGGCAUGUCACUGGUCUUGUUUCUUAGAUCUUUAUAUUUUGUUAUUUUAGGCAUCAAGGCAUCAAAUUCUAUUUUUUCCAAGUUAAUGAGCUCUCUUUUUCGAGCUCCAAUGUCUUUUUAUGACUCAACACCUCUGGGAAGGAUACUAAGUCGGGUAUCUUCUGACCUGAGUAUUGUGGACCAAGAACUGGCAUUCAAAUUCAGUUUGGGCAUAGGGACAACCAUGAACACAUAUUUCAGCUUUGGAAUAUUGGGUUUCCUUACCUGGCCAAUCUUAUUUGUCAUAAUACCCAUGAUUUAUGUAACCAUACUCAUACAGAGAUUCUAUUUUGCUUCUGCAACUGAGUUGAUGAGAAUUGAAGGCACAACGAAGUCUCUAGUUGCAAGCCACCUAGCUGAAUCCAUUACGGGAGUAAUGACCAUCAGAGCUUUUGGACAGGAAGAACGAUUCUUUUCAGAAAAUUUGCAGUGUAUUGACAAAAAUGCAAGUCCAAACUUCCAUAAUUUUUCAGCAAAUGAGUGGUUGAUCCAGCGUUUGGAAAUAUUAUGUGCAAUUGUUCUCUCAUCCUCAGCGCUUGCCAUGAUUUUGCUUCCUUCAGAAGUUUCUCAAUCAGGAUAUAUUGGAAUGGAGCUAUCCUAUGGUCUCUCAUUGAAUUUAUUCCUUGUAUUUUCUGUCCAAACCCAGUGCACGCUGUCAAAUUUGAUUAUAUCUGUAGAAAGGCUAGAACAGUACAUGCAUAUUCCUAGUGAAGCCCCUGAAAUUAUAGAAGGCAACCGACCUGCACUCAACUGGCCAGAUGUUGGCAAAGUUGAGAUAUGUGAUUUGAAGGUUAGAUAUCGGCCCAAUGCACCUCUAGUUCUUCAAGGGAUCAGUUGCACAUUUGAAGGUGGUCACAAAAUCGGAAUUGUUGGAAGGACAGGUAGUGGGAAGACAACUCUGAUUAGUGCCUUGUUCCGCCUGGUAGAGCCUACAGAGGGAAUGAUAAUUAUAGAUAACCUAAAUAUUUCUACAAUUGGGCUUCACGAUCUGAGAUCUCAUUUUGGAAUCAUUCCACAAGAUCCAAUUCUUUUUAGUGGAUCCAUGAGAUACAAUCUAGACCCCUUAUCGGAGCAUACUGAUCAUGAAAUAUGGGAGGUACUUGAAAAGUGUCAGCUUCGAGAGGCUGUUCAAGAAAAAAAGGAGGGCUUGAACUCCUCAAUUGUGCAAGAUGGUUCAAAUUGGAGCUUGGGACAAAGACAGUUAAUUUGUUUGGGAAGAGCAAUAUUGAAAAGGAGGAAAAUAUUAGUGCUAGAUGAAGCCACCGCAUCUAUCGACAAUGCAACAGACUCUAUUAUCCAGAAAACUAUACGUACAGAAUUUGCAGACUGCACUGUCAUAACAGUGGCCCACAGAAUAUCUACCGUUAUGGACUGCACAAUGGUGCUUUCUAUUAGCGAUGGAAAGCUAGUGGAGUAUGAUGAGCCCAUGAAGCUCAUGAACAAGGAGGACUCUCUAUUUGGGCAGCUGGUUAAGGAAUAUUGGUCUCAUACUGGAAAUGAAAGUGAGCACUCAGAAUAUUGACAAGGAAUGCAAGAGUUGCAAUAGUUAAUAGAGUUUUCAGUCUUGAAGGCAUUGGAAUGUUAUGAUAUGCAUAAAAAGGCUCUCCCUGCUGGACACCAGGUACUGUGAAGUAUCAAUCAAAGUCGUGUGUUGAAAUCUUUAACACUAUACCAAUCAGUUUUUGGCAUAAAUUAUAAUAUAUAUUUUGAAGGAAUCAAAAUAAAUCCAAAACUUCCCCUCCUAACCCAAAUUUGGUCAGGGAAAUUGGGAAUUAUAAGAGUUUUCUUAGAUUUAGUAGGCUGACAUUUUGUCAGAGAUGAUGGUGCUGAAACAGGUCCCAGUGAACUAACUGAGCUGGUCAAGCCGUUGAGGACCGUAUGAAUCUGCAAAGCCGUGGUAACGGUAAUGAGCACUAUGCUGGAUAUUGUUGGUGUAUCAAGGUUAUAAAAUUAUGAUAUUCAGGUACCUUUGUGUUGGAAAUUUUAAUGUAUAAUAUAUUUUGUGGUCCUUUGCACAACGUUUUCUAAAAUUGAAUUGCAAUGUAAUUAUCAAGGUUUGAUGGAUUGGGUUGUAAUUCCCAAUUAUGUAAUCAGAUUGGUAGUGUGUUUUUUUUA